GGCCAUUGCAAACUCGCCCGUAAUAUUCGCCCCAUCAACGCGACGCAUUAUGUGCGUGUGUCAGUGUUCUCCUGUGUUUCAACGGAAAAAGAUUAAAAAAUCCCAAAGAAAUCUCAGAAAAGUCUGUUCUAACCCCAUGAAUUUCCCAUUGUUGAUCUGAAAAUCCAAAAUACUGAGAGCUCUGAUUGAUUCGGGUCUACAACCUGGUGAUCACCGAUCGGACGAAAAAAAUAGCGUCCCAAUCAAAAACGGAUGAACGCGUGCUGGGCCGAGUGUUGCCGAGUGCUCGCGUAAAAAACGUUUUUGUCUGCAGCGAAUAAAAAGACUUGCAAGUAGUGCAUAAAUUUUUCUCGUACGGUGCAUUCAAUCCCUCAAAAAACAUUAUUUCCUCCCUCCCCGAUCGCCCCUUGAAUCACCAAGUUAACGGAAGAAUUAAGGAUUUUUCGAGAAGCUCGCGAUGUGGAGUUAAGGCGUUGGACCAUUUGUUGGACGAGAAAUCAACAAUUAUUACAAUAUAUUGAUCCCGAUGUUGGUCGUAGAGUUGUGCAAAUGUAGUUUUCAUGCUUAUGAAGAGGAGAGAAUACCGGGAGGCAAGUCGUGGAUACCGAAGAAAGCUUCAAAUACGUUUGAAGCUUUCGAGGUCGGAUUCAUGGAACUAUGAACCUGGACUCGUUAUCUUUUACUUUGUCACAAAUAAGUUAUUUGGUUGUUAAUUUGAAUAAGAAAAAUUAUCGUGGCAGUGCCGAGGAGAUAACAUUCUUGGUACGUUGGAAAGGUCUUGAGGCGAACAGACACUUGCUGCGCUGUUUGUUCUCUUACGUUGACUUUUCGGCGGGCGAACCUCCUAGCACAAGCUCCAAGGAUUAUUACCAAGUGCAACUUCUUAGACAAGAGUGCAACAAUCUGCUGGGGAAACCACUGCUCAUAUCUAACCUCACUUACGCUGUUGAUCAUCCGCUGCAUCAGCAGAAGACCCUAACGCCAUCGCCAAAAUUUUUUCCCCACCUGCGCCGAGUGUUGAACCUCACUCUGGUCCAGAACGUGGUUUUCGCCCUAACUCUCCGUCACUCGUCGUCCUCGGAGCUCCGCCAGCUGGCGCUCGAAGACCUCCGUAAGCAGUUGCCAGAGUUGAUAAAAAACUACACAAACUCGGAGAACCCGAGCAAGCAGCAGGAGGAGGGUCUCCACGACUCGUCCCCUGAGGUCCUCCACCUGAUUCUGUCUCAGGCGCUCGACCCAAAGAGUUCCCUAAACGUCGCUCCCGACUCCCUCCAGAAAUUCUUGAAAAACCUACGUCGUGAUUUUCCCCGGGAGGUCGUCCCAGUGGUGCUUGCACCACUCAUCUAUCCAGACGAGGGGGAAAUCCCCCAGAUCCACAACAACUUCGUAAUGGCGGGCAGCCAAAUGGACAACAAUUCACUUGUAGAAUUGAUAAUGGAGUUGGGCUAUGGAUUCACGGCGAGUGUUGAUGAGUGUCGAGGAGCUCUGGCCAACCUGGGAAUACGGGAGAUGUCCCCAUUGGUGGCAGCAAGGGUGCUGGCUCACAUGGCACGCACCUGCACCGGUCUCGAUGAUGCUGGAGGCCUUCAGGCUUUCUGGGGAAAUACCUCGAGCAACACAGACUCCAGCAAAGACAAAUCCUCCGACAGCAGCAGACCUACCACCUGGAAUAUCGAGGUCUUCAUUCAAACCCUGAAGGACAUACAGUCCACCCUUUCGUGGAAUGAAGUGAUUGUGAAACUGGAUCACGUGGAGUUUCAUAUAAAAGAUCGGCAGGGGUUGAAUCUUCUGAUCACAGGUCUUCGUCUUGGUCUCCAACAUGAGGGCUAUCCCCUGGAUGUCUUCCCAGUGGAGCUGUUCUACAGACACUGGGACAAUGUGGAGGCUCAAUUCUCCUUGAUUCAGCAGAUCUUGAAGAAUCCCGAUAUAUUCUGCUUUGCUGAUUAUGCUUAUCAUUCUGUGACUGUUGACGUUCUGAAGUCAGCACCUGAGGGGGACAGCAAGGAGGCUCAGACCUGGAGAUCCUUGCAUGUCGUUGAGCUACUCCUGCAUAUGGCUGAGAGGGGACUCUACGGUCCUGUUCAGGAGCUAUUCAAAUGGCCCAUUCAAAAUUGUCCUGAUGUCCUCGUUCUCGCUCUACUUCAGAUAAGCCCUCCACUGACGGCUCUCAGGCAAGAGCUCCUAGGCACCCUGAUGCCAAUCUUCCUGGGUAAUCACCCCAAUUCAGCGGUGAUUCUUCAUCAUGCCUGGCACGUCAACAACACCAAGAUCAAGACUAUAAUCAUGCACUCGAUGGCUGAGUGGUACUUUAGGGGGGAUCACGACCAGACGAGGUUAUCCAGGAUUCUGGAUGUGGCUCAGGAUUUGAAAGCCCUCUCGACCCUCCUGAAUGCCCAAACAUUUUCCUUCGUCAUCGAUCUGGCAUGUCUGGCGUCACGAAGGGAAUACCUGAAGCUUGAGAAAUGGUUGACUGAUAAAAUUCGUGAUCAUGGCGAGUGUUUUGUGGCGGCCACUGUCAAGUUCUUGCAGAGAAGGUGCCCACAGGUAACAGGGAACACCAUAAAGGAAGAUUCGAGCCUUCCAAAGGCUAGUCAACUGCCCCAUGAAACCAUAACAACGAUUUUAGUGUGCCUCCAAAGUUGCGCAACCAACGUCUCCCCCGAAUGUUCAGAAGCCAUAAUGACAAUGGUCCAGAACUGCAGUCUAAUGCUGCAAAAAGGCGCUAUGAACAGGCCUCCACCACCUGGAGUCGGAGUCCUUCGUCACCCAGCUCUGGAUCCCUUCAAUACUCCGAAGUUAACGAACCCUCUGUUCUCAUCGAAGCCAGUGGAUACAAUUGGCAACAUAAGCUCCAGUCUGGCAUCGAUGGGUAUAGCCCCAUCAUCGUCGUCGUUCAAUCUUCCUGGAGCCCUUGGGCCCCUGGUCUCAGCGCCAGGCUCUCCAUCCAGACUGAUGGGCCCCUCACCCAAUCAAUUCCCAAUGCUUCCGAUAUCCUCUCAGUUGCACUCUGGCCCAGUGGGCACACAGGGCCCAGCUGUCCUCUCAGGGGCCUCCACUAUCGGUGCCCUAGCUCGUCUGGUGCCCCCUUCUGCCAUCGAGAAGAAUAGACUUAUCGAGUCUAUGUCCAGUCUUUUCCCAGAUAUGGGGCAAACCGUGUCCAAGGAGAUUGAGGACGAGGCCAAUAGCUACUUCCAGAGGAUUUACAAUCAUCCACCACAUCCUACGUUGUCCAUCGAUGAAGUCCUUGAUAUGCUUAAGAAGUUCCAAGAGACUGGUACGAAGCGAGAGCGUGAGGUAUUCAGCUGCAUGUUGAGAAACCUCUUCGAGGAGUACAGAUUCUUCCCUCAGUAUCCCGACAAAGAGUUGCACAUAACAGCUGAAUUAUUCGGUGGGAUCAUUGAACGAGGCUUGGUGAGCACCUACAUGACCCUCGGUUUGGCCUUACGGUUCGUUUUGGAUGCCCUGAGGAAACCCGAGGGCAGCAAAAUGUACUACUUCGGCGUGGCUGCACUGGAUCGAUUCAAGGGGAGACUCAAGGAGUACCAGACCUACUGCGAGCACGUCCGGGCAAUCCAGCACUUCAACGAGUUCCCAGAUCAUCUGAUCGAGUACAUCGAGUACGGCCUUCAGGGGCAGGAGCCACCCCACAGACCCCAGGGCGCAGUUCUUCCGAAAAACUUGGCUGCCAUCCUGGCCCCACCCACAACUACCUACAAGGCAAUUGCAGCCACAACCGCCACAACGAGCGUCACUCAGGUCAAGUCCACGACGACUGCUACAACUUCGCUGUCAGCAAGACCCUCCAUCGCCAAUGCCACGAAUAUUGAUACUCUGCUGGUUGCCACUGACAAGGAGGAGAAGAUAACGACACCUCCAGAGACACUACAAGACAAGACAGCCUUCAUCUUCAAUAAUCUUAGUCAGUUGAAUCUUCAGCAGAAGUGUGACGAGAUAAAGGAAAUCGUUACCGAGGAGUACUGGCCUUGGAUGGCACAGUAUCUUGUCAUGAAACGAGCUAGUAUAGAGCUGAAUUUUCAUGCACUGUACUCCAACUUUUUGGAUUGCCUGAAAGCUCCAGAGAUCAACAAGAUGGUCACCAGGGAGACCUUCAGGAACAUCAAAGUGUUGCUGAGGAGUGACAAGGGAAUUGCUAAUUUCUCGGACCGUUCGUUGCUGAAGAAUCUGGGACAUUGGCUGGGAAUGCUGACCCUGGGACGAAACAAACCGAUUUUGCAAAUUGAUAUCGACCUUAAGAGCCUCCUCGUUGAGGCGUAUCACAAGGGCCAGCAGGAGCUCCUCUAUGUUGUUCCAUUCGUCGCUAAAGUUCUCGAGAGCUGUGCCAAAAGUCGAGUCUUCAGACCCCCCAAUCCCUGGACAAUGGCGAUAAUGAAUGUCCUAGCUGAACUCCACCAGGAGCCCGAUCUCAAGCUUAACUUGAAAUUCGAGAUCGAAGUUUUGUGCAAGAAUUUGAGUAUAGACGUUGCUGAGCUCAAGCCAGCGGUGUACCUGAAGGAUCCUGAGAAGCUGAGAAAUCUGGAAUACCAAUUGUCCCAACCGAAUAAAAAAUCAGAAGCUACGUCGAACCAGCAGGCACCCCAGUCGACCAUGGAGGACCUGGUGGGGACAACAGCCCCAGGAAAUAUUAUUCCACAGCCUCCACAGCCUGCCAACACCACUCCAUCGUUGCCCAUUGGCCCACCAGAGCCUCGCUUCAACUACAUGGAUAUCAGUGUCACCAAUAUUUCCAGCAUAGCUCAGCACAUAACGGUCAACAAUCAGCUAUCCCUUUUCCAGGCUCAUCCACAUCUCAAGCAGUUUAUUAGACCGGCUAUUGAACGAGCCAUUCAAGAAUGGAUUCAUCCGGUGGUCGACCGCUCCAUCAAGAUAGCUCUCACCACAAGCGAACAAAUUGUUCGGAAAGACUUUGCUCUCGACUCUGAAGAAGUCAGAAUGCGCUCAGCAGCCAGGCACAUGGUGAGAAACUUGACAGCUGGAAUGACGAUGAUUACCUGUAGAGAUCAGUUACUUGCAUCCAUCAGUACGAACCUGAAGAAUGCUUUUUUGGCAGCAAUGGUGGGUUCAACACCUCAGCAGAAGGAGGUAGCUGAGCAAGCAGCUAAUGUCGUUGCAGCGGACAACAUGGAACUGGCCUGUGCUUUCGUUCAGAAGACAGCUAUCGAGAAGGCAAUGCCAGAGAUGGAUAAGAGAUUGCUGAACGAGAUGGAGCUCAGGAAACUCGCUAGACAGGAAGGGAGGAGAUACGUCGAUCCUCUGGUCAAGUAUCAAGCUGAGAGAAUCCCGGAACAGAUCAGACUGAAGACGGGGGGAGUCACUCCACAGCAGAUGGCCGUCUACGAGGAGUUCGCCAGGAACAUUCCAGGAUUCCUGCCGCUCUCGGAAAGAGAAACUCAGGCCCUGUUUAUACCCAAACCGAUAAAUGAACCGACAGUGCAGACUUCAUUCCCGAAUAAUCCAGGAGUUGCUAUUGCCACUCCUCAACAAGUGGCUGUCUACGCAGCUGUUAACAAUGACGAGAUUGGAUCGAUGCUGGAGAAACUCGCGGGUGAGGUGGAGCUGCUGAUUGGUACCAUGGGUCCAGCAGCACCACCACCUCAGCAUGCAGCUCUACACAAUCUUCUUGAGUCCAUCAUCCUCACGAGAAGGUCAAGGGACGCCGGGGCUGCAAUGUCUCUACUGAAGAAGAGUGUUGAGGGACUUCUGGAUGGCCCCACCAUCUCCAGUGGUGUCAUAGAUACGGAGAUCAUCCUGAGGUAUCGGGAGGUGCAUCUUAGGAUCCUCAAGUGCCUUCAGGAUCAGAGGGCUUAUGGGAUGCAGUGGACAAACAAACAUUCGACGAGGUUCUUGACCGAGUGCAGAGAUGAAUUCAGAUACAAUUUUGAAGCAGUCGACUGCCUAAUACGAUCCCACCUCGUCAACUUUGCCCAAUUCGACAUAGCCUUGGCCCAAACGAUGGAUGCAGGGAGUGUCAUGGCGACGGCUUUUGCAAUGCAGCUGGUACAGAUGUACCUAAUCGAUGAGCGUCAGACAACCCACGUAACCGAGUCUGACCUGUACAAUACGAUCGAAAUCCUAGUACGAAUGACCCAGCACAGAGCACCACCAGAAGGUAUCUCCCUCUUCAGAUUAACGAGUCUCAUCGAGGCCCUUCGAGCCAACCAGGAUCUCGGGAUCUUGGCGGAUCGUCCGCCAGCUGGGCCAACAGCUCACAUUCACUCCGGCAUUCAUCAAGUUCGAACCAGAGACUUCGAUGAUCCACCAGGUCUCAUGGAGAAGACAGAGUAUCUCCUGAGGGAGUGGGUUACGAUGCAUCAUAGCCCAACUCAUGCUCGUGAUCCCACCAAGGCCUUCGGCAUAUUCGUCCACCAGAUGAACAUUCACGGGAUCCUCAAGACCGACGAUCUCAUCACGAGAUUCUUCAAGCUCAGCACUCAGAUGUGUGUGGAUCUGUGCUAUCGAGCGCUUUCUGAGACUAAUGCAGCGCCGUCAGUGAUAAGAGCCAAAUGUUUCCAUACACUCGAUGCCUUCGUUCGUCUCGUCGCUCUUCUUGUGAAGCACUCAGGGGAUACCACCAACACACACACUAAGAUCAAUCUCCUUAACAAAGUCCUGGGCAUCGUCGCUGGAGUUCUCCUUCAGGACCACGAGCUUCGAGGUAAUGAGUUCCAGCAGCUGCCUUAUCACAGAGUCUUUAUCAUGCUGUUCCUGGAGCUGUGCGCACCUGAGCCUGUCCUCGAGGCAGUGAAUUUCCAGGUGUUGACAGCCUACUGUCACACUCUCCACAUCCUGAGACCUGCCAAGGCACCGGGCUUCUGCUACGCUUGGCUGGAGUUGGUCUCCCACAGGGUCUUCAUCGGACGUAUGCUGGCGAUAACACCCCAGCAGAAGGGUUGGGGCCCCUAUGCCCAGUUGCUCAUCGAUCUGUUCAGAUAUCUCGCUCCCUACCUGAGGAACGCUGAGCUCGCUAAACCUGUGACUCUUCUCUAUAAGGGUACAUUGAGAGUUCUCCUGGUGCUGCUUCACGAUUUUCCAGAGUUCCUCUGCGAUUAUCAUUACGGAUUCUGCGAUGUCAUUCCCCCGAACUGCAUCCAGAUGAGGAACCUCAUACUCAGCGCUUUUCCCAGGAACAUGAGACUGCCCGACCCAUUCACACCCAAUCUUAAGGUCGAUAUGCUGCAGGAGAUUGCUCAUGCACCCAGAGUGCUAACGAAUUUUGCAUCUAUGAUUCAGCCCCUGAGUUUCAAGAAGGAAUUGGAUUCUUAUCUCAAGGCCAGGGCCCCUGUCACGUUCCUAUCUGAGCUGAGGAGCAAUCUCCAGGUGUCUCAGGAGCCUGGCAUGAGAUACAAUAUUCUGUUGAUGAAUGCUCUCGUCCUGUAUGUGGGGACUCAGGCAAUUGCCUUCAUCAGGAACAAGGGACACACACCGAACAUGUCCACCAUUGCACAUUCUGCGCAUAUGGAUAUUUUCCAGAAUCUUGCUGUUGAUUUGGAUACCGAAGGGAGAUAUCUAUUUUUAAAUGCUAUUGCCAAUCAGCUCAGGUAUCCUAAUAGUCACACACAUUACUUCAGUUGCACUCUCCUGUAUUUGUUCGCUGAGGCCAAUACUGAGGCUAUCCAGGAGCAGAUUACCAGGGUUCUGUUAGAGAGACUCAUUGUGAAUAGACCACAUCCCUGGGGACUGCUUAUUACUUUCAUCGAACUCAUCAAGAAUAGGAACUACAAGUUCUGGGAUCAUGAGUUCGUUCAUUGUGCACCAGAAAUCGAAAAGCUAUUCGAAUCAGUGGCGAGAUCCUGCAUGGUGCAGAAACAAGUUCAGCCAACUCCAGAGCCAGAAAUGCCCGAGUGAUAAGAAAUCUUUACAUUAGUUAUAUAUCCAUUUAUCUUUAAUCAAUUAUUUUCUUUAAUGUACAGUAAAAUAUCGUACAUAAUUAAUUAAUCACAUGUAAAAAGAAUUAAUCAUUAGGUGUACUAUACUUUCUGAGGGGGAAAUUUGAGAUAUAUUCAAUAUUUUUUUUCCUCUGGUUUAAUGAUCCGAUUCUAUUUCUAAGGAAUGAUGAAUCAUAAUAAUACUAUUAGGGUAACACCAGUUUAUUAUCAUGAUGAUUAAUUGGGUGAUUAAGAUAAUGAUACUAUUGAUAUGUUAAUAUUUUAAUAAAAAUGUCUCUGUAAACUGUACAAAGGAGUUUGAAAAUCGAAAGCAUGGGCUGAUGUACUACGAAUUUGUGGUAGAAUCGUGUCCUUGGAGGGAGUGGCGAUUUAUGAAAAUUCUGAGUAAGCGAGGGGCUUUUCUAUCGCAAAUAUAUUUGAGUACAAAAUAUCACAAAAUUAUAGUUGACAAUACUCAUCUCCACGAAGAUUAUUCGUUACAGUGAUGUAUAAAUGACAAAGACAAUGGUGUUCAAUAGAGUUUACAUUGUUAGUUAUAAAAUAUUAUUUUUUCCUCUCUUACAUUAGUUCCUGGAGAAUAUUCCAUUAUUGUAUUUACCUAGCAAUAAACUGCACAAUUUACUAAGA